AUGCGACCAUCUCAGAUGCCCAGUCAAGAGCUCGACUUCGAACGUGCGUUCCUGGGCGAGCUGCUGUUUGAGCGUAGUGAGGCGCAUAGAGCCUACGUGGACGGAGCCUGUUCACACCGAGUUCAAGAGCGACAGGAGUCCAAACACAGGCUGCUGAACAGCUUCUUGCAAUCGGUUGACGGUGGAGGUUCGGAAACAAUUGCGCUAUUACCUGGGCGCUUUAGAGUGGGCGGAUUUGCUUUCCUCGCUAAUGGGUCUCAAUGGCCGCUGGAGAAGUCUGGAGCUGUGGACGACCAGGAGGAGGGAGAGGGCGAUCUCAAGCCGAUCAGUACAACCCCAACUGGACUCAAGAAGCCCGACCUUGCCGGAGGUGAAAGGUGCAGAGUGGGAUCCACGCGCGACGAAGUUCCCUCCAGCUUUAUGCUUGACCCGCUCCAGACCUUUUUCGACCUUCUGGAGAAUCGUGGCUAUGAAGUUCCUCCUACGCUUACUCUCCAGCUCGCCUUAUCGCUGCUAAAGCAUGGCCACGCCCAGGGUGGGGACGCAGCGCGCCGUAAGUGCUUCGAGGACUUUGCCCUUUUCAUGACUUGUGUCGGGCUGGAUCGAAUGAGUGAGCGAUUCGAUUUUGGGGCGAGCAAUCAGAACUUUUUCGGAUGA